AUGUCGAGCAAUUCCAAGCUCGGCACCCCACUCAAAUCCUCUACUCCUGCUCCUGCUCCUGCUCCUGCUCCUCCGUCUUCAUCAGCUCCCCCUCCACCACCGCCACCAGUGAUACCCUCAACAUGGCUCACACAUUCCGAACAGCGGCUGUUCUUCACUGCUAUCUUCGGUUUAAUCGAAAUCUCGAAAUUAUGGGAUACAUUUUCACCCUUAUUGCAUUUGGAUAUAACGCCAACUUGGUCGUCUAGCUUGAAGAUACAGGGUCCCUAUUCAGUCAUAGGAUGGACGAUAGCGGAAGUGAUGGGACUGUGGCUAGUGGGGAUAUUAAGGAUACCAAUGUUAACGCCGUCGUAUAAGCAGCUGGUGUUAUUAGCUGGAUUAAGUGGGUUGUUCAAUCUAGUUUGCUGGUUGAUUGUAGAGCCCAGCGCCGCUUUGUUCACGAUCAACGUUGUUGGUCCAGCUGCCCUAGGAGGAGAAUGGUACUGGAAUUGGUUAUAUUCCCUCAAGAGAUAUAGCGAGCCUUCCCAUUUGGAAGGUAUACAUAAGAUUCGAUUAUUACCUUACAGCACUGCAACCCUCAAUCCCCUCUCUCUUUCCUAUUGUAUCCCUCCCGACUCUCAUGAACCCCUCCACAUCCCAAUCCUAUUCAACAACUCGAUCCCAGAAGAGGUCACUUACUUUGUACGAUCACUCGAGACAGGUCAUGCGACCCUAGAGAAAAUCCUAGGUAGUCAGAUGAAAAAAGCACCAACUCGCCCCGCAAGAUUACGCAUAACAGAUGGAGAUGAUGAUCUGGAAGAUGGAGAUAUCGAAGAACCCGAAUCAGAUCCAUUAUCAGCUUUGAUCCUCCGUGCAGAUCCCAAAGGAAAGAACACAAACAGCCUAGAAAUGGAAAUUGCAAAAUUGCCUUCUGUCAAACCGCCCGAUUCGAUGGCUCUCAUUCCUAGAAAUCUAGCUUCGUCGCAGAACGUUUUAUUUAUCACUGUUGAUAAGCCAAGUUUGAUCACCUUGAAGAGCGUCACGGAUAAAAGAGGAGAUAGGUUUCAUAUCACACCUCAUAAAGAGGCAAUCAUAAUUGAAUGCCCAGCCGGUGGACAAUUUAUCGAAGAAGAAAAAGGUAACAAGUUGAUUCUCAAAGGAGAUAAAUCCAAGACACCCGACUUGAGGUGUGUAGGAGAUGAAGAAACUGCAAAAUUCCAAGUAAAGGGUGUUGGACCUUUGAAAGCUGGCUGGAAGAAAAGAUCUGGAAACAAAGUUGAUACCGGGGUGAUAGAAGGUAUAGAAGAAGAUCUAGAACCUGUUGAUGAUCUUGCUUUAGUCCGAAGAGAUAAAGUUUCCAAAACUCACGUUGUACCUCUCAGAGUAACACACUCUCAGCCUGGUACUUAUACACUAUCGUUGACAUCUGUCACCGAUGCGCUUCAUAACACCUUUAAUCCCUCUGGUCAUUCCGCUGAAAAGGUCUUCAAUAUCAUUCCCCGUCCUUCAGUAAGGUUCGAUUGUCCCUCGACUAUACAGCUACUGCAUAAUCAGAAAUCUAAUAUACCCGUACAAGUGGUGGUUGACGGAAAUCUGGAAAAGGAUCUAGACGUAAUGUAUACCUUUGAAGCCCUAGACGGCAAGAAGACGAGCAAAAAAUUGAAAGUAUCGAAGAAAAGGGAAGAUAUAAGUGUAUCGGAACCUGGUACAUAUACGCUUAUCGAUGUUGAGGGGCCAUGCGCGGGAGGCGUGAUGGAACCUUCAAGCUGCGAUGUGCAGAUGGUACCGCUCCCCACGAUGGAUAUGAGCGUCACUACGUUGCAUGAAUGUGCGAUGGAUGUUGGUGCCACUGCUGCAUUCGAUUUCACGGGAACACCACCUUUCCGACUUGAUUAUACUGAACAGCGUAAAGGUGGAAGAGCAAGGACUUUGACAGAGACCUGCCAGACUCAUCAUGGAUCUGUUGUUUUACGUCCGGAACAUGAAGGAGAAUAUACCUAUACUUUUACAUCACUCAGCGAUAGAAGAUACAAAGGUGUCAAACUUGAUAAAUCCCCCAUCAAGCAGACUGUACACCCAUUAGCCAAUGUUGACAUGAAGGGCAGGAUAGGAGACACAAGAAGACAUACCCUUUAUGCUUGUUCAGGAGAUCAGGUUGAUGUGGACAUCGAGGCCAGGGGUAUCGCGCCACUCAAAUUAACUUAUGUCAAAUCAUGGUCGAUUCGAUCUGAGAAUGUCACUGUCCCUAUCACUACCGGACGAUCUAAGAUAUCUGUACCUGUUCCAGAUGAGUUGUCAGCUAAGAGUGGGACAAACGGUAAACUCACUGUCGCCUUGAUUUCUAUCGAAGAUGGUAAUGGAUGUGUCAGGAAACUUACUACACCUGCUAUUGAGGUUGAUAUCAAGAGACAGAAGCCGACCGCCAGGUUCGCUAAGAGUCAAAAGGUCACAAUCACCGAAGGCGAAAUAGCGAAGGCGCCAUUGAGACUAACCGGAGAAGCACCUUGGGAUCUCACCUACUCCGUCAACGGUAAAGACCGCAAAAUCACCGUCCGAGAUCCCAAUAACCAUCUCAGCUUCUCGGAUAAAGGGGUGUACAAGCUUGUCAAGAUCAAAGAUGCCCAUUGUGAGGGUGACAUCUCCACUAACGAUUCUACAUUCGAGAUCGACUUUAAACCCCGACCCGUGGUGUCACUUCAACAAACACCUGGUAUAUCACUGUCUUCGCCUAACUCAUUCAAGCAUAAAAAUCUCUGUGCAGGACAGGAACAGCAGGUCGCCCUGAAAUUCACUGGUCAGGCGCCGUACGAACUGAAUUACGCCUAUACCUCGGAUGGUAGAGUAUCGAAACACAAGCUCAAGAGUGCUCAAGAAACUGGUAUAUUACACUUGUCUAGUGAACCGGGAUAUCAUCGAUGUGAUUUUUCAAGUAUAGGUGACGGCAAUUAUCCAAAUACCGAGGUCAAAAUUUCUCUGGAACAUUCAGUCUAUUCAAGACCUUCUGUAUCGUUCACCAAACAAAGCACGAAAUCAUUAUGUUUAGAUUCUAAAUUGGAUUCUUCAGAUGCUAAAAUACAACUUAAAGGAUCGGCACCAUUCAAAUUACAUCUUUCAGUUAGGAAACCAGCUUCUACCUCUGUUAAAACCUUCGUUGUGGAAGAUAUCAAGGAUAAUGAAUGGAGAUUGGAUUUACCUCAAUAUGAAUUGAAAGAAAUUGGAAGACAUGAAAUUACGAUUAAUCGCCUGGAAGAUUCGUCAGGAUGUGAACAAGUGAUCAAUGACUCGGAUGAACUACGGACGAUAGUGGAAGUGGUUGAAAGCGCCAGAAUUGUCGCUGUCGAUGAGAAAGUGGAUCUUUGUGUGGGAGAUAGUUUAGAUUUCUUGUUACAAGGGAAAUCACCUUGGACGAUUGAAUACGAAUGGCUCAACAAGAAACAUAAAGUCACUUCGUCGGCGCCUAGAUUCUCGAGGUUCGCUGAAGCAAAAGGUAUUUUCGAAGUGAAAUCAGUCGCAUUGAAAGAUAACCAGUGCAAGAGACAAGUCGAAGGAAUGAAACGGAUCGUUCAUGCUCUACCUAAAGCCAAAAUUGUCGAAGGUGAAGAUAGCUUGAGAGAGGGAGACGAACCUGCAACUUUCGCUGUCCAGUUCACUGGUAGCGCGCCUUUCUCAUUUACAUACACUAGAUCAGAACAAUACGGAUCGAAAUCUAGAGUGGUCGAAACUCAGACGAUAACGGAUAUAUGGGAAAAUACAUAUACGAUAUCCUCUGCUCUUCCUGGUGACUAUGCCGUAGUCGCUAUAUCAGAUAAGUUCUGUAGGUAUCCACCUAUCUCGAGAUCAAACAAGGAGAGAUAG